UCACAUGCAUAUCGAUUUUUUUUAAAUCGAUUAACCGCAAUAUUCAGGGUGAACUUUUUUUCUCGACGAAGUCGCGAGACUAUGAGCAACAAAAUUGAAUACUUAGCGAAGUAUUCGGUUGCACCUCCGCCCAGCAGAGAUUAUUACGGACUGGUAGUUCUUCAAGACGAGGUAAUUCUGUAUUUGUGGAAAAUCUCUCACGGACCUCAUAGAGCACCGAUCGAACAUCGCGUCAAAUUUGUUGAUUUCGGUCAGAACAAAAUCUUGCACGAUAAAAUAUGUCACGGAUUUGGUGAACAUUUAUUUAAAUACGUGAGAGAUAUCGUCGAAGGGAACAGAAACACGUUUUUGACUCUGCCAAUAUCUUUGGUCGAAAAAAUAUCAAACUAUUUGUCAUUCAGAGAUAUUCUAAAUCUAUCUUCGUUGUCGCGCGUUUCCUACGAGAUAUUCAACAACGAUUCCAUCUGGAAGAUACUUUACGACAGAGACAAAACAGUCAGAAUCAGCUUGGAGGAGAACGAGAGAGCUAAAGUAUAUGGUUGGAAGCAGUUAUAUAAAAUUAGACAAAUGCAGACGUCAAUCAAAGGCCAAAAGAAUUCUCGGACUCAGUCAUCGAUGAAAUCUGCGAACUAUGUGAAAAUCACUAACUCGUCGCUAAAACUCACUACUGGCGCGUCGAAACCCGCUUCGAAGACAUCUCCAACCAUCACCACGGUGAUGAAGAAACGUUCAGAAUCUUUGAACGUCGUAACGAUUCCGCUGUCUAAAACGAUAUCCAGUACUCGAGUCGGCGCAAUCGCGGACGACGAAAAAUCGAUCUCGCAAAAGAAAUCCGUUAGAAACGUUAAUUCUGUCAACGCGCACCAGAAAAAAAAUGUUCAAAAAGAUCUCGUCGCGUCAAAGACAAAAUCGAAGAAAAAAGAAGCAAAAAGUACUGCCAAAUACGGCGAAGUGUCUGACAGACAGCAAUCUAAGGCGGAAAAAUAUGCUGAUAAGAUCGAUAACGUCAUUAGUAAGAUGCAAGAAGAAACGUCGAAGCCACGGACUUCGAAGGUGUCAUCUUCAAAGAGUUCCGCAGAGAACGUCGCGACAUCUUCGAGUUCGGUGCAGAAUUCGCGUAAGAAAAGUCUUCGAUCGGGAACGAAGACCAAGUCUGACAAGGUGGCCGCGUCGAAUUCCGAGACGUUUAACACCGACAAGGAUGAUCUGUUUCCCGUGAAAAAUAACGAUUUCGAGCUAGCCGAUCUGAUCGAGGCGAGUUUGAAGAACAUUCGAAGUCCGCGGACCAUAUUCGAUCCCAAUUUUAGUUACGUGCAACAAUCGGAUGCAACAAAGUACGCUUCAAGGACCAAAAACGUGAUUCAAAGCAUCCCCAAAGUAAAAUAUCCCAAAGGUAUCAGAAACGACGUUCCUUCGAGCAACUUUUCCAACAAAAUAAUUCGAGGCGACGGGAUUCUCGACAAGCUUUCCGAAAAAUCGGAGGCGUUCAGCGCGUCAUCCGUCGAGUCUCUUGUGAACAACAAAAACUCAUUACCGAGCGGGGACAACAAACCCGUUAGAUUGACCGAGAAAUUUCUGCAGACUCAAGCGGAACUGCGAGAUGUUUUAGAUUGGAAACGGAGCGACUCGGCGUCAUCUGAAAAACGAUGGGAUUUAUCGAACUUCCGAAAUAAAUCCUUCAGUCCGAGAAAGACGAUCGAUGAGAAAUUUCCCAUUGCCAAAGGACCGUUGAAAAACAUCUCCUUACUGAACGCGUACGCCUCGAAUAGUUUGGAGAGUAGAAAGGACAAUCCGAGAAAGAGCGUCGCCUUGAAAAAUCAAAUUUGUUCUGCGAACAAAUAGUUCAACACAACUCGCCUAAAUGAAACUAAUGAAAAAUUGGUCUUUCUAAUAAUUUCAAGAAUUCGAAGAACAAUUGCACGUUAAAUGAAAUAUAAUAUAUUGUGAAUUUAAAAAUUGAUAAAGAUAUAAUUGUUAAAAAUUGAUUUU